AUGCACACACACUGUCGUUCUCAGGGGAAAAAGAAUACAAGGAUUCCAAUAGAAUGCAAGUUGCCGCGGUGUAAUUUCAAGCUGCAAAAGUCGUGCGAAGAUCUUGAAAAACAUGUUGAUGAAUCACACUUGUCACGCAUUGCUCUUGAUUGUCCCAUUCGCGGUUGUGGAUCCGUUACCUGGCGUCUUGCAUCAUUUCCGAAACACUUUGAGGAUGCGCACAAAAAUCUUUGGGGUGGUAUUGUCAGAAUGCCGUCGGAACUCUUGCUCCCAUCGUCUAAGCCGUUUCCACCUUCCUUGAAGUCGCCACCACCACUGCCGAAAGAUCGUACCAUUGGAGCGGCGCUCGUGAACCCGACGAAAGCUCGCGGUGAUAUUGAGCGUUUUUUGGUGUCCGAAAACAGCCCUUUACCUGGACGACAUCGUUUCCCGAAGCAGACAGAGAAUAAUCCUGACGCGGAAAGCUCACAGCGAAGUCCCCGCCUGGAAUUUGAAGAUUUGGACAAUCGGCGCAUUUCUCUGGAUUUGGCGCGUACGUUUCAGGUCACGGAUUUUCUCGCGGUCGUGGGGCGCCGAGGUCCUCGCGUGGAUCUUGCGAGGCCGCAGCCGAUGCUUGACCCCGACGAAUUUAGGAACGUGAUGCCCCCUAAGAGUAUUCUCUAUGAGGUUUUCGCAAGGCGGGUUACUACUGAGGAUAAGGGUGGGGUCAAGCCUGAGAAGGUUGAAGGUCCUCGUGGUCCAGGGGAUGGGGGGAAAUAG